GAGCAAGAUUUCGACUAGCCCCGCUGGCCUCCUGGCCGCAUGCCCCUGUCAAAGGUUGGCAAGACUGCCAAUGGAUGCCCGGAGGUCAGCCUGGAGAAGAGCAGAUCCGCAUCUGCAGGAAGGCUGCGGGCAGAGGUGCGGCCGGUGCGGGAGGACCGCCAAAGCCUCACGCCCACCCAGCCGCUGGUCUCGAAGGUGACCUGUGGGGCCAUCGCCCUGCCGCGCCCCAUCUCGGCCGAGAGGAUCAGACCGUCGGCCACUGCCAUCCCGGUGUCCGCCCGACGGGCUGCGCUGACUGAGCGCCGGGGGGAGAAGGCGCUAGUGCUGCAGAAGGACCUCCAGAACAUGGAGGAGCGGCUUGCCACCGCCGAGCGAGAGAGGGAUUGGGCCAUGACAGCCUUGAGGCAGAGCGAGUCAGAGCUGCAGAAGCUGCUGGCACAGCGGUGCACUGGGGAUGCAGUCAGCGACGUGCGGCUGAAUCACUAUCGGGUACUGCUGGAGCUCUUGAACUUGCGAUGCAGGCUGCUGGAGCAGUGGAUCGAGGAGGAGGCCGCGCUGAUGGCGCAGCAGGAGCGGCACCACGCGGAGGCCCUUCGGCGCAUGGAGCAGCAGGUGCAAGAGCUGGCGACGGAGGUGGUGGAGCAGCAGGCGGCCUUUCAGGAGCAGGUGGCUGCCAUGUCAGCUCAACAGGAACGCAUCGAGCAGCAACACUGCGAGGACUUCUCCCUGUGGUCGGAUGAGCUGCUGAGAAGCAGGGAGAAGGCUGCUGAGGAGCUGGGUUUGUUGCGGGAGGACAUGCAGCGGCAAGAUCAGCUUUGGCACCAGGAGUGGACGAGGAUGCAGCAAGAUGCCAGCCGUCAAGGUAUUGAUGUGGCAGAUCCGCCAGGCGUCGGUUCGUGUCCGGCAGGCUUCCUGCAGCUCGAGGAGGCCCAAGAGCCGCGGGACGAUCCGGAGAAGCCAGGCCCAAACGGCUGGACGGAGUCUUUGGAAGGCCGCGCAACCUUAGCGACGAUCCCUGAGGCAGAGAGUGAAGAGGUGCAAGCUCAGACCCCCGGCGGCAAGUCGGCGGCGCGAAGUCCGGAACAGCCCAAGGCGCAAGUUCCAUCGCCGACUUCCAGAAGCGGCUCUUCUCCCAGCUCCGUGCCCGAGGAUCUGAUGAAGAGCCUGGAGAAGGCCUCGGAUGACAAGCAGGCAUCCCGCGCUUGGGCCAGAAUCGGACAGUUCCACCAGCGCCAGAAGAGCUUCGACCAGGCGCGGCAGGCCUACCAGAGCGCGGUGAGACUGGACAACUCCCAGCACGGUUGCUUAGCCAACCUGGCGCAGCUGGAGGCGCACGCUGGUCACGUCUCCACCGCCAAGGAGAUGCUGGCCGCGGCCUUGCGCCUCGAGCCCUCCAACAAGAACUACAUCUCCUUCAGCCGCUGGCUGAGCGGCGCGAGCUGAGCUGCAAUUGGAGGGCCCAUGUGUACAAAGGACAUGCAAAGACCAUGUCAGUGAGAGGGAACACGGCGGGGGAGUGAGUCGCACUUGAGCCACAGAUGACAUGGUGGGAACACCAAGUCAUCACAAGUAACUCAGAGGUUGCCCAAAUGCUCAUGCCACUUGGAAACAUGUCUCCAUUGCGAC